AUGGACCCGUCGCACCCCCUUCUAAGGCUAUCUGGCGCCGAUGGACCCGUCGCACCCCCUUCUAUAGGUAUCCGACGUCGUGGGACCCGUCGCACCCCCUUCUAUAGGUAUCCGACGCCGAUGGACCCGUCGCACCCCCUUCUAAGGCUAUCUGGCGCCGAUGGACCCCGUGAGAUUGUCUCACUACAUGUGGGACAAGCCGGUGUGCAAAUCGGAAACGCUUGUUGGGAGUUAUACUGUUUAGAGCACGGUAUUCAACCUGAUGGUAUCAUGCCGACCGAUCAAACAGUGGGUGUCGAGGAUUCAUCCUACAACACAUUCUUCUCCGAGACACAAAGUGGUAAGCACGUCCCUCGUGCUGUGUUCGUGGACUUGGAACCGACGGUAGUCGAUGAGGUUCGCACCGGAACCUAUGCGAAACUUUUUCAUCCUGAACAGUUAAUCACAGGCAAAGAAGAUGCAGCUAACAAUUAUGCUCGUGGACACUAUACAAUAGGCAAAGAACUGAUCGAUGUGUGCAUGGAUCGAAUUCGACGUCUUACCGAACGCUGCUCUGCACUUCAAGGUUUUCUGAUUUUUCACUCUUUUGGUGGUGGCACAGGCAGUGGAUUCGCCUCGUUGAUGAUGGAGCGUUUAUCUGUUGACUUUGGAAAGAAAGCGAAAUUGGAAUUUAGUAUCUAUCCGGCCCCGCAGAUUAGUACAGCCAUGGUUGAACCGUACAACUCUUUACUCACCACACACACUACCUUGGAACAUUCUGACUGUUCAUUCAUGUUGGACAACGAAGCAAUCUACGACAUCGCUAAGAGCAACUUGAACAUAAGAAGCCCAACCUACACAAAUCUGAAUCGACUGAUCGCGCAAGUGGUCUCUUCAAUCACCGCAUCGCUACGUUUUGACGGUGCUCUAAAUGUGGAUCUUACAGAAUUCCAGACUAAUCUCGUCCCGUAUCCAAGGAUUCACUUUCCUCUGGUCACCUAUGCACCAAUCAUAUCCGCAGAAAAAGCCUAUCAUGAACAGCUGACCGUCUCUGAGAUCACCAAUGCAUGUUUUGAAUCGGGAAGCCAAAUGGUGAAAUGUGAUCCACGAAAUGGAAAAUACAUGGCAUGUUGCUUAUUGUUCAGAGGGGAUGUCGUUCCUAAAGACAUCAACUCAGCCAUAUCGGUUAUCAAAACAAAAAGAAACAUACAGUUUGUGGACUGGUGUCCAACAGGCUUCAAGGUCGGCAUCAACUACCAACCACCUACCGUCGUUCCGAACGGUGAUUUGGCGAAACUUCAGCGAGCAGUCUGUAUGCUUUCUAAUACCACUGCUAUUCAGGAAGCAUGGGCGAGACUCGAUCACAAAUUUGACCUGAUGUAUGCAAAACGAGCAUUUGUUCACUGGUAUGUCGGGGAAGGCAUGGAGGAAGGCGAAUUCUCUGAAGCACGUGAAGAUAUGGCUGCCCUUGAAAAAGACUACGAAGAAGUCGGUGUUGAUUCAUUCGAUCCAGCCGAGGAAGAAUAUUAA